AUGUCUGCGUACGUAAAAGACACUACUUUAUCACGUAAUACAAUUAUGAGAAGAAUUGUCGAAAUUUCUUCAGAUAUUUCAAAACAAAUUUCGUGUAAUACUACCAAUUCUAAAUAUUUUCCUCUUACCCUUGAUGAAAACUGUGAUAUUACGAACAAUCCACAAUUAAGUAUAUUUAUUCGAAAUGUAAAUUGUAAAUUUGAAGUGACAGAAGAACUUGGAACAUCGACAAAAGGUACAGAUAUAUUUAAUAAACUAAAAUGUUGUGUUGAAACUUUGCUAUUAAAAAAUGACGAUUUAAUCUGAUAAAAACUUGAAAGUGUAUGCACAGACGGUGCUCCAUGUAUGACAAGUAAAAAAAUCGGUUUUGUAAACCUAUUGGCGGAAUUUUUGAAUAGAAAGUUAAAUAAUUAUCACUGUAUUAUACGCCGAGAAGCCUUAUGCGCCAAAAUCUUAAAAUUUGAUCAUUUUUUAAAACCAGUAUCUCAAUGUAUAAACAAAAUAAGAGCUUGGCCAUUCAAUCAUCGAUUAUUCAGAACUCUAUUUAAUGACGUCAUUCACGAAUCUGGUGAACUUUUAUUGUUUUGUGAAGUAAGAUGGCUUGCGAAAGGAAAAGCAUUAGAAAGAUUUUGGAAUUUAAAAGACGAAGUUAUAGAAUUUUUAGAAAUAAAUAAUGAAUUGCCUGGUGAAUGUGAACUACUGAGAGAUAUAAAUUGGUUAAACGACAUCGCAUAUUUAACUGCUAUUCUCGGCCAUUUGAAUAUUCUCAAUGAACGACUCCAAUACGAAAGAAAUAUAUUCCCAGUCCUUGUAGAUACUAUAAAUUCUUUUAUGUCUCGACUUUGUCUGUUCGAAAGUAAUAUAGGAAUGGGAAAUUUAGAUCACUUUGUACGAUUAAAAUCUAUUUAUCUACCGACAGAUAUUUCAUUGACGAGUUUUAAAAAUCAUGUUUCAUCACUAUAUAAAAGUUUUCAAGAAAGAUUCAGUAGAUUUAAAGAAGAAGAAAUUUAA